GACCCACGUGGCGUGCGCCGCCGUCAACGUGACCGCAACGUCACGUGGACCCCGCGCGCUCCGUUCACGGAUAUGCGUUGAGGUGUAGGUCGUGGCAGACUUUGUGUGGGUUUUUUUUCUCUCUCUCUCUCUCGAACCCAGUUCGAUUCCCGAUCACGGGCCUAACCAGUGACGAUUAUCUGAACCGGUCGUGGGUCGACUCAGCCUCAAAAUAAAUAGCCGCUGCGGUGUGUUUGAACGUCGCCACUUUGGCGAUAAGGUGGGCUUGGACGUGGUGUUUGGCUGCUAUAAAUGUCCACGCGAUAAGCUACUUAGUUGAGCUAUCAUUUGUGGCCAGGUCGCUUCUGAAGAAGAGCUACACGGACCCUUAACAGCAACAGCAGGGAGACGCGCGUGCACGCCAUGGAGGCUGGAGGAGCCGGUGGAGGGGAGCUGUCGCUGUACGUGUGGCCCAGGAGGGCGGCGGCUCUGGGUGCUCAUCUCGGCUGCGUGGCACUCACCGUCACCCUGGCUGCGCUCAGCAUGCCGGGCAGCAGUGUGUUCUCCUGGCACCCGUUCCUCAUGUCGCUCGGGUUCUGCCUGUUCAUGACGGAGGCGGUGCUGCUGUUCUCCCCGGACUGCUCGCCGCUGCGCUCGUGGCCGCGUGCCGCGCGAGUGCGCUGGCACUGGGUGCUGCAGGCGCUCGCCGUGACCUGCGCCGCCGCUGGCCUCGCCGCCAUCUGCUGGGAGAAGCAGCGCAAUGGGCGGCCGCACUUCUCAUCGUGGCACGGCCUCCUCGGCCUCAUCACCUGCAUCUACGUGUUCGUGCAGGCUUGCUGCGGCCCCGCUCUGCUCUACCCGAAGCUGCUGUUCAAGAAGGUGUCUCUGGCCAAGGUGAAGCUGUACCACGCCACCUACGGCCUGCUGGGCUACGUGCUCGCCUGCACCAGCGUGCUGCUCGGCCUGUGCUCGGCGUGGUUCGCGGCCCGCGUCGCCGGCCCCGCGUGGCUCGCCUGCGCCGCCUGCCCGGUGCUCGCCGCGCUGGUCGCCAUGAACCAGGUCACCAACGCCUACCUCUUCCAGAAGCGCGUGCAGCUGUGACGGCGCCGGACGAUGCCGCCGGUCGCUCGCUGGCGCAGUCGUCAUCUUCGGCGAGACCGUCAAGACCGUCAGUCGGCGUCGGUGACAUUGCAACCGGGAUUUUAAUUGGCUGAGAUUAAAUUUGGGGGGGGCGAGGGGACUGCGUUGGCGUGCCCCGGUGUGACCGCCGGCUGGUGAAAUCGUCGUCGAGGUCAUCGUUGGGUGCCGUUAUCGCAAUCGGUGGCAGUGUCGUCGUCGUCGUCAUCAUCUUCCUUUUCAGAGUUUUUAUUCAAAGGAAAUUAAGAGACUGUUGGCAGUGGCGCGUGCACAAGAUGUGGCCGCCAGCUCGUGACAUCAUCGUCUUUGUCGUCGUCUAUUGCCCCCACUGCCUUCGCCGCCCCACACUGACUAGCGUGGUGAAGUACGCUCAGAUAACGUAUGGUAUCUGGAGGUCCUCAUCCAAAGGACUGUCCAUGUACAUUACUAUUAUAACCAGGUGAGAGCCUCAUGAGAUUACUUAGCUCUUGCAAUGAAGGGUUUUUACAGGUGCAGUUAGGUCAUGAUUUGGCCUUUUUGCGAUUCAGUUAUGGUUUAUGAUUGCAAAUCGAUUCAAUAAUUCUUUAUUUUAUUCACGUAAGUCCUUAACGUACGAUAUUUAUGAUUUAACCGAACGUGCACGUGGUUUGGUAUGGUGUGUACCCUGUGCUUACGAAUCGCUGUUAAUCAAUUAUACUACUUAAGUAAUAACCGGUUGCUCUACCGGUUAUCGGUUCUAUUACUCGACCAACAAGAUGGCACGCAAAUAGUUGGGGAAAAGAGUCUCGCCUUCGUUGCAGCGUGUGCCGCUGUACUGGAGGUGAUGGGCGCAACUUGGCGGCCUCCGUUGCAGCGUGUGCCGCUGUACUGGAGGUGAUGGGAGCAAUUUGGUGGCAUCUUCAUCGCAGCGUGUGCCGCUGUACUGGAGGUGAUGGGAGCAAUUUGGUGGCCUCCGUUGCAGCGUGUGCCGCUGUACUGGAGGUGAUGGGAGCAACUUGGUGGCCUCCGUUGCAGCGUGUGCCGCUGUACUGGAGGUGAUGGGAGCAAUUUGGCGGCCUCCGUUGCAGCGUGUGCCGCUGUACUGGAGGUGAUGGGAGCAACUUGGUGGCCUCCGUUGCAGCGUGUGCCGCUGUACUGGAGGUGAUGGGAGCAAUUUGGCGGCCUCCGUUGCAGCGUGUGCCGCUGUACUGGAGGUGAUGGGAGCAAUUUGGUGGCAUCUUCAUCGCAGCGUGUGCCGCUGUACUGGAGGUGAUGGGAGCAAUUUGGUGGCAUCUUCAUCGCAGCGUGUGCCGCUGUACUGGAGGUGAUGGGAGCAAUUUGGUGGCCUUCGUUGCAGCGUUUGCCGCUGUACUGGAGGUGAUGGGAGCAAUUUGGUGGCAUCUUCAUCGCAGCGUGUGCCGCUGUACUGGAGGUGAUGGGAGCAAUUUGGUGGCAUCUUCAUCGCAGCGUGUGCCGCUGUACUGGAGGUGAUGGGAGCAAUUUGGUGGCCUUCGUUGCAGCGUGUGCCGCUGUACUGGAGGUGAUGGGAGCAAUUUGGUGGCAUCUUCGUUGCAGCGUGUGCCGCUGUACUGGAGGUGAUGGGAGCAAUUUGGUGGCCUUCGUUGCAGCGUGUGCCGCUGUACUGGAGGUGAUGGGAGCAAUUUGGUGGCAUCUUCGUUGCAGCGUGUGCCGCUGUACUGGAGGUGAUGGGAGCAAUUUGGUGGCAUCUUCGGCUGCGUCGCGCUGGCCGCGGCUCGUCGGGGGAGGGGGGGGUUUCCCACCUUCGGGCGGCAGGAUGUAGGGGUAGACGCCAUUUUUAAAGGGGGGGCGGGGGGGGCCCACAGCGAUCGACCAUAAAAAAGUAGUGGAUGAAUCAACGUAAUUGGCUCACCGUCGCAGCUUUACAAUUAAAACGAACGUCGAUUCUCGCGCUUAAAAUCGCCUACCCCAAGCUUUAAAAUAUCAAUCGGUGCAUCGUUACUUUCCACGGUUAUCGCCACUGCACCGGCCUCCUUUAUUUAACCGUCUUAGAGAGCGUCGACAGAGAUUCGUCGUCACUUGCAGAAGCGGCGUGUCUUGAUGUCGGAGCCCACGCGUCCAUCGUCCCUUUGUUUCACUGUCUUGAGAGCUCGCUGAGAUUUAUUUUCUGUCGCAUGCGGCGCAAUGUGAUGACCGCGGGCAGCGGUAACGGAUGGCGAUGAUAAUAACGACGUCGAUAACGGACGGAUGUGGCCGGUGGUGUGGACUAAGAGUUCACCAAAUCUAAACUAACACUAUAUUUUUAUUUUACCAGGUCUAUAGCUGUUUUUCAGAAGUGGCCUGGCCACGAACGAUAGCUCAACAAAGUGGCUCAUGAUGUGCAAAUUUCACAGCCAAAUCCGCACUUUGAUUCAACAAAAUCUACACGACCUUGGGUAGAACAUGCAAACUCCAAAUAUUUAUAUGGCCUCAGGGUCGGGCUCAAACCCACGACCUGUAUAGCAGGUGAGGUAGUUAACAUCUCACCACCGCAGCAGCUCACAAAAUCACCUGCUACACACCCCGAUCUCAUCAGGAUCUCAGAAGCCAAGCAAGCUUGAGCCUCAAUAGUACCUGGAGUGGCAACCAUCUUACUCAAACAGGUUGGUACCAGGCUGCUUCGGGACCACGAGCUAGGGCAGUACAGCAACAGCCCGUUGUUGUACCCUACUUAUAUGAUGCCGCUCAUGUGUUUUCCACCUUAGCCAAUUCCACACCGACCGGCGUGAAGUUCCGAGUGACCACGGCUUCCCCAGCCAGCGUGGGGAGGCCGUCAUCCAGCAGUGGAUUGGCAAAAGGGCUGUGCGCGCAAGACGUGUGGAACGAGAGCAAUCGAAUGAUUUGAU